AUGUCUUCAAAUUCUACAUUACUUGAGAUACAACCAGGUUUUUCUUUUAUGGAUUCCAUAAAAGCCCCUGUUCCAGUUAUUGUGGAAAAAAAUAGCAUUUUAUCAAAUAUGACUGAUGGUAUGUUGGCUCUAGUGAUUCCAGUCGUUGCUUACUGGGCUUUCUCCAUUUUCUUCCAUAUUAUUGAUACUUUCCAACUAGCUGAACAAUACAGAAUCCAUCCAAGUGAAGAAGUAGCCAAAAGAAAUAAGGCCAGCAGAAUGGACGUUCUUUCUGAAGUUAUCUUUCAACAUAUAAUGCAAACUGUUGUAGGUUUGGCCUUUAUUCACUUUGAUCCUUUACCAACUACUGGUUUUGAAAUGAAUGAAAUGUGGAAAUUAAGACAAUCAAUUCCAUCUUUUGUUCCAAACAUUGCUGUUUACUACUUAUACACUUAUGGUUUCUCUAUUAUUAAGAUUUCCUUAGGUUUUGUAUUUGUUGAUACAUGGCAAUACUGGUUGCACAGAUUGAUGCACACUAACAUGACUUUGUAUAGAAAAUUCCACUCUAGACAUCACAGACUAUAUGUCCCAUACGCUUACGGUGCUUUAUACAACGCUCCAUUGGAAGGUUUCUUGUUGGAUACUCUAGGUACUGGUAUUGCUAUGGUGUUGACUGGUUUGACUUACAGAGAACAAAUGUUCUUCUACACUUUCGCUACCUUGAAGACUGUUGAUGACCACUGUGGUUACGCUUUGCCAUGGGACCCAUUCCAAAUGUUCUUCCCAAACAACUCUGUUUACCACGAUAUCCACCAUCAAAACUUCGGUAUCAAGACUAACUAUGCUCAACCAUUUUUCACCUUCUGGGACACUUUGUUCAGCACUAACUUCAAGGGGAUUGAAGAUUACCAGAAGAAACAAAAGAAGAUUACUAUUGAUAAAUACAGAGAAUUUUUGGCUUCAAGAGAAGAAGAAAGAAAGAAGACCAAAUAG